AUGUCAAUUAUAUGGAGAUUUUGCUCUCCGAAAGGUUACCGAUUCUGUCACACGAAUUUGUUUAAAGUUCCUUCGAAAAGUACUUUAUCAAGGUUUCUUGGUGAAUACAAAGGCCAAAAUGUCUUAAUAAAACAACGUUUGGAGGCUGAAGUCCAAAAUUUUAGAGUACCGGUUGAAAGAGUGUGUUCUUUAAUAGUUGACGAUAUGUCAGUCAAAGAAAGAAUCCAGUAUAGUAGAACUGAUGAUCAUAUUUAUGGCUUGGAUACUUGUGGUUCCCACGAAAUAGGCCAACGUCCCCAAAUCGCAAAUAAGAUGUUGUGUUACGUUGUCCAUGGGUUGUCGACGAAAUAUACCAUCCCAGCGGGAUAUUUUUUUCAUAAAUCUUUAUCCACAAAUGAUUUUCAUGCGCUUACUAUUUCGGUUUUACAACUUUUGACUGAAAGUGGAUUUAUUGUGUUGAGACUGGUGACGGAUAACUUUUCGGCAAAUACUGCACUUUUUAAAAAGUUGGGAAAUGGAUCUCUUCAGAAUUAUAUUUCUCACCCUGUUCUGCCAUCAAUACCUUUGUUUUUGAGCUACGAUUACUGUCACGCAGUGAAGAAUGCGAGGAGUUUAUUUUUAGACACGGAAAUGUCCUCUUCCGAAGGUGUUAUUUCAUCUACAUAUUUGAAAAAAUUGUACGAUUUACAAAAAGAUUUGCCUGUUAAACCUGUAAGGUACCUAACCAGGAAGCAUUUGUACCCUUCGAAUUUCGAAAAAAUGAAUGUGCUGCGAGCCAUUCAAAUAUUUUCACCAUCAGUCACGGCAUCUUUGAAGUUUUUGAAGGAAGCAGGUGAUCCGAGGUUUUGCAACGUCGACGCCACUAUUAGUUAUCUGGAAAACAUGUGUUGA